AAGUUCAUGCAUCGUGUGCAUCCGUUUACGUCUCGAUCUCAAAUGCUAGAAACGUGUCAUCAUAUUGUAUUUCACGAAAGUCUUUUCGCAAAUGAACAGAGUUUUUUGCAAUUUGUGUACAUGUUAAAAGAGUAGAAGACUUUUGGACAAAAGCGAAUGACCUUAGCGGGGAAUCAGCCAGAGCACUCGAGCUUGCUGGAGACCAUGUUGAUCAUGGUGAGAUCAAAAGUUUUGCUACUGGCAGGUUUGAUAGUUGCAUCGAGCACUUUGGUUUCUCUAGUUGUUGUCUCCAACUGGCACUCUGUCACGUACUUUCUCCGGCCGUUAUGGGACACUCCUCCCAAGCCUUUCAACAUGAUCACUCACUACUACGCCCAAAACCUGUCAAUGCAAGAGCUCUGUGGCUUGCAUGGAUGGACUCUCAAGCAAACUCCCCGGCGCGUCUUCGAUGCCGUGAUCUUCAACAACGAGAUCGAUCUCCUGGAGAUCAGGUGGAGAGAGCUGGAUCCGUACGUGACCAAGUUCUUGCUGAUCGAGUCCGACGGCUCUUUCACUGGCAAUUCAAAGCCUCUGUUCUUCAGAGACGCUCGCAACAAGAGCGACCGAUUCGCCUUCGCCCAGCACAAGCUCGGCUAUUCCGCCGUCCCAAAAGGCCGGAGUCCCCACCCCUUCGACAACGAGUCGCGGCAGCGGGGCUUCAUGAACCUCUUGAUCCAACAAUCCGGGAUCCAACCGGGAGACCUCUUGAUCAUGUCCGACACUGACAGUGGCCACACCAUAGAUCUCCUCCGGAGCUGCGACGGACCCCCACCGAUCCUUCACUUGCAGCUCCAAAACUUCCUCUACUCGUUCGACUUCCUCGUGGACACCGGGAGCUGGCGGGCAUCCGUGCACGUCUACGGCUGGAACAAGCAGUAUGGGCACCACCGAUGGACAGACGCGAUGCUGGCCACGUCGGGGUGGCACUGUAGCUUUUGCCUCCGCACGGCCCGGGACAUCGCCUUCAAGAUGAUGUCCUACAGCCACGCCGACCGGGUCAGGCGGGCGGAGUUUCUGGAGGAGAGAAGGAUCCAGGGGAUUGUGUGCCGGGGUGGGGACCUGUAUGGAAUGCUGCCCGAGGAGUAUUCAUACAGGGAGCUCAUCCACAAGAUGGGCGAUGUACCCCGGAGCUUCUCUGCUAUCCAUCUGCCGGCAUUCCUGCUUAGGAAUGCCCACCGUUUCAAGUUCUUGCUCCCAGGGAAUUGUAUCCGGUGAAGGGAAGCUCAAGAGCUCAA